GUCUGUCUUGUUCGCUACGUCCGUUUGUCACGGGCGCGCGGCCUCCCUCCUCCUCCUUCCGCUCGGACCUUUCUGCAACUUCGCACACUCACCCUCUUGAGGAACCGCAAUGGUCGGCGUCCGCGCCCCACGGCUACACGGGCUCCCCCUCCCAACACCCCUCGCUUUGCAGCAACAGCCUAUGAACCGCCUACUGCCACAAACGUAUCAUCAACCCCUCGCAAAGUUAUACCGCACAGCACCCUCCAGCGGUCGCCCAUCACAACCACCACCACCACACGCGCAACGCGGACCGCCAGCACCACGACGCCGCCCAGGCGACUCCCACCCCCACCCCCGACUAUCCGCACGCUCAGCACCACAUCCCACCACCACCAACCCCUCCACCACAGGCGUCCCACUAUGGCUCUUUGCAACUGUCGUCUCCCUCCUUCUAGGCUUCAAAGUAGGACAGGUCUCCGCUUGGGGGCCUUGGUCUUCCUCGUCUCAUAACUACAACAAUCGGGACGACCACGACCCGGACCCGGACUCGCCCGCCGUCUUCAUUAUCGGGAAUAAGGAUUAUCAUCGCGAGAGGGAACUGGAGCAUGGGCACGGACAACAGCAGCAGGAGGAGAGACGGCAUAAGUGGAGGGACGGGUUGAGGAAGGGGAGGGACAGGACUGGUGGGAAAGAGGGGAAGGACAAGGACAAGGACAAGGGAAGGGGUCAUUCGUUUAUUGCCGAUGCGGUCGAGGGUGCGGCGGGCAGCGUUGUCAACAUUUGUGUUGUAACUGAAACAUCAUCCAUGCUCUCGAAAGAAAGCCUCGCGACAUCCGGAUCAGGGUUCUUUAUCGACGAAGACGGGUCCAUCUUGACCAAUGCCCACGUAGUCUGCGACAUGAGUGACGGGAGCAAGCUGACGGUAACAGCAACAGAUGGAACAGAAUACGACGGAUACAUACACAGCAUGGAUACGAUGUCUGACCUGGCCGUGGUUAAGAUCAGGCCACGGCCGGGGGAUGUACCGAGGAAAUGGCCUGUGCUCAAAUUGAGCACGAACAUCAACCUUCGCCUCGGCGACUGGGUAAUAGCAAUCGGCUCCCCCUUCGGCCUCCAAAACACAGUAACAGCCGGCGUCGUCUCCUCCAUCCGCCGCGCAAAAGACGAGAUCGGCGCAGCCUCCUCCGAUGUCCGCGUCGAGUAUAUACAGACCGAUUGCGUCAUACAUGAGGGCAGCUCGGGGGGGCCGCUCGUUAAUUUGGAUGGGGAGGUUGUUGGCAUCAACACGACCCGCGCAGCCGGCGAAGGCAUAAGUUUCGCGAUCCGGGCCGACAACGCGCUCGACCUGAUCCAUCAGCUGCACAAUGAAGGGAGGAUCGUGCGGCCCUGGUUAGGAUGCAGGAUGGUAACCCUAACCCGCGACAUCCAAACGCAGCUCCGUGAAGAGAACCAGUGGGCGUACCUCCCUCCCGCUACGAGCGGGGUUAUCAUCACCGCCAUGGUACCCGACUCGCCAAGCUCCCGAGGCGGCCUCGCCGAGGGGGACGUGAUCACCGCCGUUAACGGGAAACCCGUGCAUAGCAGCCAAGAGGUCUACAAACACAUGGGUCUGAAGAUCCACGAGCCCGUCACCUUCCGCGUCGCGCGCAGCGUUCCCCUCGACAUCGACUGGGACGGGCGGUCGCAGCGGUGGGAGGUGCAGCAGCUGGACCUGGUGGUGCGGCCCGAUGAGUUUGAUGAGAGCGUUCAUGUGGAUGAGAGUGGGAGGGGUUGAGGAGGGCGAACGGUGUCGGGGCGAUCAGGGGGAGGAUGCACGAGUGGGUAUUGAGAAAGCUUUGCGGAUCGGGAAGAUUUCUUCGUUGGGAGAUUGGGGGCGUUUUGUCCCCGGGUUGCGUCGUAGUGUAGACCUUUACAGUUUAGGGCAAUAUAGCAAAAAAACAACCCAUUUCGGGGGGCUGUUCUGGGUGGUUCCACAACCCCCGUUCAUGCACAGAAUUCACCGAAAUGUACUCAUAUGACGCUUUUCCCCAAAAGUUUGCUCUUCUUCAUACAGUUAGUCGCACAUGAUAUAGUUUUGUCACCCCGCUCCCAUCACCCAUGUUGAGUAUUCAACCCCAACCCAAAACACCACUACGCCCGUACGAAUAAAUAUCCUCUGCGCCCACGUUGGGUUUGUGAAUUCGGGGGAGGUAGAAUGUACUGCACCAGACCCCCCUUAGCGACACACACCCACUUCCAUACCCCCUUCCCCA